UUGGUGUUGUGUGUUGACGCGGUGGAGAGUAAAUAUCGAUUAAACGUGGCAAUGAUCUGAUUUAUACAAUAACAACUAAUAAUCUCAUUUGUUUAUGAUUUAUUACUGAUUAAUAACACUAAUCACACCAGCAAUCAUGCAGUUUUCUCCCACCAACGGUGAUUUUACCUUCGUUUCCUCCUCUGGAGCUGAAGAGCUGAGCGGGACGAUCGAUACCCCAGACGUUAAACUCAACAUGGGUGGCGACAGCUCCAAAGACGCCUACGCUGCCAGCUUCCUCCGACAGAGGGGUUACGGCUGGCUGCUGGAGGUAGAGGAGGACGAGGCCGAAGAGAUGAAACCAUUACUGGAGGAGCUGGACAUCGAUCUGAAGGACAUCUACUAUAAGAUCCGCUGUGUGCUGAUGCCCAUGCCCUCGCUGGGAUUCAACAGGCAGGUGGUGAGAGAUAAUCCCGACUUCUGGGGGCCGCUGGCCGUCGUUCUGCUCUUCUCCAUGAUCUCCAUCUACGGACAGUUCCGGGUCGUGUCGUGGAUCAUAACCAUUUGGAUAUUCGGCUCUUUGACCAUUUUCCUCCUGGCGAGGGUGCUCGGUGGAGAGGUUUCUUACGGUCAGGUUCUGGGUGUGAUCGGGUACUCGCUGCUCCCCCUCAUCGUUAUCGCUCCGGUCCUGCUCAUCAUCGGAGGAUUCGAAAUCGUCUCCACGCUUAUAAAGCUGGGCGGGGUGUUUUGGGCGGCGUACAGCGCCGCCUCGCUGCUCGUCGGGGAUGAAUUCAAAACGAAGAAGCCGCUCCUGAUCUACCCCAUCUUCCUCCUGUACAUCUACUUCCUGUCCCUGUACACCGGCGUCUGAUUGGCCGGCGGGACGUGGAUUUUUAACGUGUUCGGACACUGACUCUGAGGGACACUACAGGACGGAGCAUGGAUUCCUUCUUUCUUUCAUUUUUAUUCGACUUUUAUUUGAGUAGCGACCUGUACAGAGCUCCUAUAUUUAACGGGAUACCGAGAGCCGCUCGGACGCGGGGCGUGCUCCCCGCACAGUCGUGUUUAGAUGUUAUGGAAGCUAGAUGUAUGUACGUCCUCAGACAGGAUUCUGUAUCUCUGUAAUAUUUCCAGGUUUCUGAGGUUUGGCUUUAGGUUACACGUGUACGUUGGAGGAGAAGGGCGGAGUCGGACACUGAGCGUGCCUUUAACGAUGGUUUGUAUCCGCCGCUGGUUUGUUUUACUGGACUGUGUGUAAACGUGUAGAACUCGCAGUCGGAAGCGGCUUCCCGAACGCACGGCGGGAUCGUCAUGAGUUCCAUCGAUGUGAUCCGGGCCAGACAUCGUGAUAUCGUUCAUAUACAGCUCAUAAAUAUGAUUAAAAAGCAUUAACGUCUCAAUA